AGUUUUGGGCCACAUUACAUAGCGUGUUGUGUAUAUAUAUCUACCCUUACUCCCAAAGGAAGUGCAUCGAUCCAUCUUUAAUUUCAAGUCUAGCCUUUACACCUCCCUCUGAAAUUCAGAGCUGAAGCAAACUUCGAUAUCCAUUUUCGUCGGUCGCUCUUUUCGUUUUCAAGUUACCUCCUCAGAAGCCAUGGGUAUCCGAUUGCCAGGGAUGGUUCUUGCAAAAGCCCUUCUCCGACGUUCUCUUUUACCUUCUGCACCAACCGCUAAUGUUCCCAAGGGCCAUUUUGCAGUCUAUGUUGGUGAUCAGGCUCAAAAGAAGAGGUUCAUUGUUCCAAUAUCUUACUUAACCAACCCUUCCUUCCAAGAUUUAUUAGGUCAGGCAGAGGAGGAGUUUGGGUUCAACCAUCCAAUGGGUGGUCUUACAAUUCCUUGCAAAGAAGAUCAAUUUCUCGACCUCACUUCUCGUUUGAGUGGCUAGUGAUCAUGAGACGAUCGGAAUGCAGGAUCUGUACCUUGGUUGACAUUCUCUGCUGCAACAUCGCCAGAUUGCAAGUCUAAAUCACACUGGUUAGUGGUUACAAACAAGUGGGAAGGCAAUAUAUUUCAAAGCCGUUGAAUGGAGAAAGGACUAAUAUUCAAGCUUUUCUCUGGCUUUCAAAGCAGCCUGCAGGGACAGCACAUUGACAUUGAAUCAAUCUCUUCAACUCGAUCAAUUUGGAAAUUAAGCAUCUACUUUGCCACUCCAAUGCAUAUAUAAAUUUACUUUUGUACAUGACCAGGGAGAAAAUCUCCCCAAUACAAACAUCAUUCAAUAAAUUCUUUUUCAUAUUUAGUACUGAAAAAUUUUUGGCGUGAA